UUCUCAAAGCCUGACAGGUGUGGUUGGAGAUGUACAAAAACAGAUACAGACGCAUAGAAGAGGCAGAGGGGAGCGAGAGGGGAGCUGUGUGCUUUUAAAAACUGCAGGUGGAUUGACGAUCAAGAGUUAUUCUCGUGGCCAGCGUGUGUUGAGCGUGAGGUCCAGUAGAAAUACUUGGACGUUAUAAAACAGGGAGGAAAAGAUGGCGGACAGAAAACCAGCGACGGCUGACGCCCCGAAGAUUGAGCUCUUCGUUAAGGCCAGUGCAGAUGCUGAAAGCGUGGGGAACUGCCCUUUCUGCCAGAGGCUCUUCAUGAUUCUUUGGAUUAAAGGCGUGAACUUUACCCUCAACACUGUGGACAUUAGGAGGGCACCAGAGAUGCUGAGAACUUUGGCUCCAGGCUCUCAGCCUCCUUUCCUCAUCUACAACGGUGAGGUGAAAACAGACACUAACAAGAUUGAAGAGUUCCUGGAGGAAACCCUCGCUCCACCAGAGUAUCCAAAGAUGUCCUGCCGAUACAAAGAGUCCAACGGUGUUGGAGAAGACAUCUUCAGAAAAUUCUCAACUUAUAUAAAGAAUCCCAUUCCUGCAUUAAACAAUGCGCUGGAGAAGAAAUUUCUAUCAACUCUGGUGCAGCUGAACAUGUACCUAGAGACGCCUCUACCCUAUGAACUGGACAAGAACCCUAACGCCACUGAGUCUACCCGCCUAUACUUGGAUGGUGACACCCUCACGCUGGCAGAUUGCAACUUGCUUCCCAAAAUCAACAUUAUCAAGGUGGUGUGUAAGCAGUACCGUGACUUUGGCAUCCCACCUGAACUGAAAGGUCUGACGCGUUACGUGGAUAAUGCCUAUAAACAAGAUGUGUUCCGCUACACCUGCCCAAAAGACUCUGAGAUCCUCCUCGCUUACGGCCCUGUGGCCAAGUACCUGAACAAAUAGAUGCAGAGCAUGAGAAAAAGCAAAAAACAACGGACAGUUGAGAGAAAGUGCAGGGAUUGGAAGAAACAAGCUAAAAGUGCCUGAAACCUGUAAAUCAUUUAUGUUUAAUUUGUGUCAAAAUGUUAAUGGAAUGUGCAUAAAGAAAAUUGUUUAUAAUUUUAUGUUUAAUAAUAAAAUGUUGUAUAAAAUGUUUUAUUGUAUACUAAUAAAUUUGGUUCUUAUAUGUAUGGAACUGCAAAACACUA